AUGAAUGCCGAAAGCUCCCAGCAGGCGCAAGAGCGCGAUAGGAAUCGAUUGGCACGAAAUCGUACUGGCGGACCGAUUGCACGGCGCAUCAACGCGUCAAAGAUUUUAGCUUUGAAGGGGGAUCCAGCCCCCUUCAAUGAUUUCUCGUCCUGGGCUCAGGACUGUGCCAAUGGAAAAGUUUACUUCUAUGGUGGUACACUACCUGGUCUUGCAAGUGAUGGAAAGUACACCGCCGACUUAUUUUCACUCGACCUCGUGUCAAUGGAGUGGCAGGACCUCACGGAUAUGCUGCACUUCACCAACCCCUAUGACCCAUUCUCAAAGCUUUUGCAGGGUGAGAAGCUUCCAGCGCUUCAACAUGCGGCAUGCGCGUUCAUCAGCUUGAACGACCGGAAUUUUUUGAUGGUUUUUGGUGGGUAUGAUCAAGCCAAGUCAAAGCGGUCCUCCUCCCUCAUCGCCAUUGAUGUUGACCGGCAUUCCUGGUGGUGGGUGCGACCCGAAGGUAUCCCCGUGAUCUCGAGGUUCUCGCCAACAAUGGUCGCAAUUAAAAACCGCCUCUACAUAUUCGGAGGUUUACAGGAUGACGUGAUCCUCAAGUCCUAUUCAAUCAUCGAAUAUGCAGAUGGUGCAUGGCGGUGGGUGGAGCGCGACCGGCAUGCCUGUUACCCAGAUGGGUCAGAGUUGCCUUUGUGGCCGUUCGCACUUUCCGCGAGUGCAGUCUCCCUUUACAAUGGCAAGCAGAUCCUGCUAACACCUGGAAGAGCAAACAUCGGGCAAACCAUUCAUUUCUCCAAAGAGAAUGUUCUUUUUUUUCACAGCGAAAACAGGACAUUUCACAAUAUUGCCCUUACUGUCGGCGACUUCCCGCAGAACAUUUGGUGGUAUCAAAUACAUGUCGUCAAUCACAGUAAGGUAUCCGGAAGGCUCUUCGCGGCAACUUCGGGAAAGAAGCGAAAGCGUGACUCUGACGCACCUCAAAUCUCAUCGUCAACAACCCCUCGUGUCAUUAUCUGUGGAUGGACACCCUACCCUAAUACUGACGACCUUAUCCCGGAGUUCUGGGAGUAUCUUCCCUUCCCUGAAGAUAAAAUAAUGUGUUUGAACGUCAGUCAGAAAAUCUGGGACAUGGACCAAGACCUACAAGGAAUAGCCUCAAUGAAAGGGCGCUUAUUUCUUCUAGGUCGCGACAAGCCUGAAGUGAAUCUUUGGGACAUAUACGUCGAGGCUACUGAUCUGAUCAAAUAG